CACUAGAUAGGGGGUAUAAGGGCACUAGAUAGGGGGUAUAAGGGCACUAGAUAGGGGGUGUAAGGGCACUAGAUAGGGGGUAUAAGGGCACUAGAUAGGGGGUAUAAGGGCACUAGAUAGGGGGUAUAAGGGCACUAGAUAGGGGGUAUAAGGGCACUAGAUAGGGGGUGUAAGGGCACUAGAUAGGGGGUGUAAGGGCACUAGAUAGGGGGUAUAAGGGCACUAGAUAGGGUUCCAUUUCAGGCCCUACUCUAGUGGCUCUGCGUCUUUGGCUUCAGCUGUAAGGCCUGUUUCUGGAGACAAGCCAAUCAGAGCGGGCCCGUUGGUGUGACUCAUAAAUGAUUCAUCACGUGGGCGGGAGCUGCUGCUGGGUGCUAAUGAGAAGGCGGGGCAUACAUUUUAUUUGAGGAGAUUUGGCCAAUACAGAGGAGAGGAACGGGGGGUGAGCUUAGCCAUUGGUAGAGUGGUAAGGUCUGAGCACAGGCUGUGCCUUGUGUGGGGAAGAUGAGCAGAGCUGCAAGGAGUGGCAGGGAGGAGAGAGAGAGAGAGAGAGAGAGAGAGAGAGAGGGAAGGGAGAGCAUCCUUUCCAAGCAUCCACCCCACAGUACAGGCUACACAGGUAAAACACACCAAUGGACCAGCUCAACGCCACCACAUCUCUCCCGUGGCGCCCUGACGCUGCCCCCCUGUCCCAGGUCUCCCUGCAGGUUCAGGAGGUGUACCCCUUCCACGACGGCUGGAACAUAGCGUGCUUCAUCAUCCUCCUCCUCUUCAUCCUCACAGUGGUCUCCCUGGCAGCCCUGGCCGUCCUCUACGAGCUGCUGGACUGUGGAUGCUGUGCCAAGGGGAAGACCCAUCAUGACCUGAUGGAGGAGGAAGGACCAGGUCCCUUCCAGAACACGAUGGAGAAGAUCCGCAGUCCCACGGGGUCACAAACCGAGGUGGUGUAGGGGGUUAGGGGUCGUUGCAAACAGUGACCAGGGCCAAGCAGGAAGUUAGGUCAUGACCUUUGACCCUGAAUCUGAACUGAGACUGACCGUGCUGUGUGCUCACGGUUGACAAUAGUGAGACGGCACCUUUGUAUGUGUGAGAUUGUGUGUGUGGAAUGAUGGUGGUGUUAUCUGUUCAAAGCACAUCAGCAGGGAUGGCAGGAGUGAAGAGGAGUUCUCCUUUGCCAAGUCCAGGGUUUUGACGAGUCUAUUAUUUGACGGGCGUUUAGCCUGCAUCUUCAUCCAUCACCACAUUGUAAGCCCCAGACACACCUUUCCAGACAGCUAAAGACACAGGAGGAGAUCCACAAUGAUAGCCACCCCAUCUAGGACCCUACAGAGCCAGAAAGUCACCCAAAGUCAACCAACAACAAUUAAAAGUAACUGUCGUAGUGUUUCCAGACUUCUAUUAAAUAUGACCUAUAAUUAUUUACAAUAUGAGUGAAA